AGCUGAGCUGUCAAAAGUGCCGCAGACGACGCACAAGACUGCGGAAGAGAGAAAAACAUUUGCUACAAAAACCGGAAUUAUCAUCUGCGAAAUGGAAUCGAAGGAAGUGUCCUUAAUCAUCAAAUGGAGCGGAAAGGAGUUCGCCAUCGAGGAUCUUACCGAGCACGACACGGUUGCCGUUUUGAGGCACGAAAUAUGCAAAAAGACACAAGUGCGGCCCGAGCGACAGAAGCUGCUGAAUUUGAAGCACCAAGGCAAACCUGUUACGGAUGAUGUGAAACUGGGAGUUCUGGAGCUGAAACCCAAUUUCAAAGUCAUGAUGGUUGGUUCACUGGAAUCGGACAUCGAAGAGGCCUCUUCACGGCCCGACGACGUAGGCAGCGUUGUGAACGAUCUGGAUAACGAGGAGGAGGAUAAUGUUCCGUUCGAAAAUAAGGAUGUUUAUUUGGCCAAAAUCAACAAACGCAUCAAGGACUAUACCAUAAAAGAAUUAAAUCCGCCUCGUGAAGGCAAGCGUCUGCUUGUGCUGGAUAUUGAUUACACCAUCUUUGAUCAUCGAUCGGCUGCCGAGAAUGGAACCGAACUGAUGAGACCGUACUUGCACGAAUUCCUAUCGUCGGCUUACCAGCACUACGAUAUAGCAAUUUGGUCUGCCACGUCGAUGAGAUGGAUUGUGGAGAAAAUGAAGCUGCUCGGCGUGACGGAUGAGUCGAGAGAUUACAAGCUGGUGUUUAUGUUAGACGAUGCGGCAAUGAUAACGGUUCUGUGCCCGUUGCGAGGUGUCAUCGAGGUAAAACCGCUCGGUGUGAUCUGGGGCAAGUAUGGUCAGUACUCGUCCAAAAACACGAUCAUGUUCGACGAUUUGCGGCGUAACUUUCUGAUGAACCCAAAGUCGGGAUUGCGCAUCAAGCCUUUCUCCGAGGCGCAUCUGAACCGGCACAAGGAUAAGGAGCUGCUCAAGCUGGCAAAAUAUUUGAAAGCGAUCGCUGAAAACUGUGACGAUUUUGAUACGCUCAAUCAUCGAAGAUGGGAAGACUAUCUGUCCAAGAAACGAUCUCAUUGAUGUGCGAAUGAUAUCGUGCCAAUGCAAUGCGUAAUGCUAAAAACGAGGAAAAAGGUGCGCAACAAGAGGCAAAUUGGCAUCGACUUCCCAAGACGCAAACCUCGACGUUGCUCCCAAGACACAAAUCUCGUCGUUGCUGAAUCUGAUUCGAAUUCGAAAUAGAAGUCGCUGAAGAAGGCACAUCGGUCGUAAAUAAAAACAUUUCUAGCAACAAUAUAGCCCGCACCUUGAUAAACCGAUGAAUUGCAGCUUGGUGUGGGCAGACCCACAGCGUUUGGUCCAGCCUAUUCCCAGCACUAAAAUUACGUUUGGGAAAUACACUUGCCGUGUGUCAAACGUAACCACGACAAAGCAGCUAUUUUUCAUAAAAAAUACCAACUAGCCAAAUUAAAGUGACUAUAAAUUGUUUAGUAGAAGUGUGGACAGCCAUAUCGAA